GCGGUCGAACGCUGUGCAAUUUUAAUCUUGCUUGAGCUGCACGUGUCAGUGAAUUUCUGUGUGCAUUUCUACCGAAGUAAGAUUCGUAGUUUUUCAUACGAGGCCGAGAUGUUGAAUGCAGAAAAGUGCGUCGAACACUGUGUUUCGUUUAUUUUUGCCAGUGAAAUGACAAAGUUUUAUUUAGCUCGGUGUAAAACUCGUGUGCAAUCUUUUGAAGUGAAUGUCGGAAGAAUAUUCAAUAGAAUGCAAUAAGUGAAAUGGUGAAUUGAAACUGUGUUGAAUGCAGUAUGAUGAUGCAACGAAGCUUACGAGGAGGCUGUCACACUAGUCGUGUCCCUUGUAUGUUCGAUUGGAUUAAGUCUAGACGGAAUUCGUGUAAUCGAUGGGAACGCGUGGCCUCAGAAAUGAGGGUCAGCUAGUUCGUGCCAAUACCGACAGAUGGCGCGGCGUGUCCCGGUUACCAAUGAUACGGGUCAAAAACAACAGAAGGUUCACUCGGCGUCUACGCAGCGCGUGUAAGAAGCACACGAGCGUAAAAAGUAGCCACGUUCGGAGCACAUAUCGCCGAUUUUUUUUUAUUACGAGUAUUGACUUAACUGAGAGCGAAACUUCGGAGAAAUGUUGACCACAUUUCAGGGGCUGCUGUCCAUCCUGCGUAAGCUGCGAUCGAAUCCGGACAGAGAGUUGAGGCUACUUUUACUGGGUCUUGACAACGCGGGGAAAACAACGCUCCUGAAAUCGUUGGCCAGUGAAGAUAUCACGCAGGUAACGCCAACCCAAGGCUUCAACAUAAAAAGCGUACAGAGCGAAGGGUUCAAGCUAAACGUCUGGGACAUCGGCGGUGCAAAGAAGAUAAGGCCGUACUGGAGAAACUACUUCGAGAACACGGACGUGCUGAUUUACGUCGUGGACAGCGCAGAUAUCAAGCGACUGGAGGAGACGGGGAGGGAAUUGGCCGAGCUUCUGAUGGAGGACAAGCUUCGCAACGUUCCUCUUCUCGUCUAUGCCAACAAACAAGACCUUGCCCAGGCCGUAACUGCAGCUGAGAUCGCCGAAGGACUUGGACUCCACAACAUCAAGGAUCGUGACUGGCAGAUACAAUCUUGCAUCGCGACGGAAGGGAAGGGGGUCAAGGAUGGUUUGGAAUGGGCCUGUAAAAGCAUCAAGAAAAAAUAGUUACCGUUGGGUUAGAAGCUUGGAAGACACCGUUGAAGUAUGCGAUGCGAAUUAGGACCGGGAAAAAAGGAAGCAUAGAAAAUCAAAAAGGAAACUUACAUAUCGAGAGCAACUUUUUGUUUUUCUUAUUCAACAAGAUUUAUGGUUUUUUUUUUUUUUUUUGCGUUACAUUUAUGUCGGGACUUUGUUUAAUAUAUUUACACGUACGUGGUUACACUUAAAUCCGAAAGAUCGAGAUUGGAAAAGAGACAAAGUCAAAAGUGAAUUAGAGUAAGGGUUAUCUGAACACUGAAUCCAACCAUCAACUUACCAAAGAAA